CUCUGCUCGCAGCUCCGAAUCUUACCCAAACCUUAUCUUGUCAUCAAGGAGACCUUCGUCCGGGAGUACGCUUGUCGUGGAGGUAAGCUUCGCCGCAGGGAAGCACGGGAUCUCGUCAAGAUUGAUGUGAACAAGGCGAGUCGAGUUUGGGAC